AUGAACGUGUGCCUCCUGCAGAUUCCGGCUUUGGUGUUUUACAGUGCCAUUCACACGGGGUACAUUCCCGCUCAGGACGUUGCCAGCCAGACGUUCACUCUCAUCUUCCCGCAAUGGGACAUGGUUACUGUCAUCCUCUGCGUCUUUCUCUUGUCGUACAUGUACGGCGAGGGUAAGAGCAACUACUUCAAGGGCUCUAUUCUUAUCUUGUCGUAUCUCGUGGUCAUUGCUGGCUUCUACCUUUCCGGAUUCAACGACUUCCAGAAGAUGGGCGUCGAUCCGAUGGACACGCUGGCGCUUGGGGGUUUGGUCGAGCAGCAGGUGCAGUCCAUGACAUUCAAGACACCUGGAAGAGGUCGCAGUGGCGUGGCGUACUGA